UUCCAUUUAGUUUCCUCUAUUUUGCAGGUGUGGAAAUGGAACAAGAUUUUGUUCAGCAAGGAAGGGAGCAAACUUGGAAUUCCCAUUCACAAACUUGGGAUUCCCAUUCACAUAAUGAGUACCAAGGAGGUAGUGCUGAGCAACAUGAAAAUCUGGAUGAAGAACCACAACCUGUAGCCUUUACUAAAAGUAAAAAAAGGAAUAAGAAAUUGCCUCUUGAUAGCAGUCAACCAACACACAUUUAUUUUGGAGAAGAAGGUGACCAUCCCAUUAGCUAUCAAGGAUCAGGUGAAGAUUCAUUCAGAACAUCUCAAAAGGUCAGGAAUAAAAAGUUUAAAAAAGUGUCAUCAGUGGAGACCUCAGGCAGUGCAGAGUCAGAAUCUUCAGUAGGUAACAUCUUGAAAAAGAAGAAAAUGAGUAAGAAAUCCAGUGAAACAAAUGGCAAAUUAAAGAAAAAUAAAAUGAAGACAGAAAGUGAUGUUACCGUUGCUGAUGUGAAUGGUCUUCAGGUAGCAGAUUCUGGGGGAGUAUCUGCCAUCAAAGGGAAAAAGAGGCAAAAAGUUAAAGAUGAGGCAAUAGAUGACAGUGAAGAAGAAUGUCAGUAUAUGAGUGAGGAAGAUAAAGAAGUCACGUCAUCAUUAUCACAAAAGAAGAUGAAAAUGAAGGCCGAGGAGGAGAAGGCAGUUACUCAAGCAGAUAUUUCAGCAUUUUUAGACACCACACGAGCAAGAAUAAAUUAUGAAUUUGAAGAUGAUCGAGACCUAAGCAACAAGAGCAGAAAUUGGUAUGAGCAAGGAUGGACAUAAUAUCAUCGUGGCAGUGCUUCUGAUUGUUAGUGUUUGUUGGAUAUCUUCAAGCAAGUUUGAAGUGUUAAACAUUUGAUAUUGGUUUCAUAUAGUGGUACAGUACUAUAUUUUGAUUUCCUAUGUUGAAGUUUUAUAUUAACUGAUGCAAGAGGCCUGAAAUUAUUUUUCGGUUAACCUGAACACUGUCGCCAUACCAUCAUGUCAGGCAAUAAGGCAUAAUUUAUAUUUGAAAUUUGUUUUAUUUUAUUUUGACACUAUAAAUGUAAAUAAUUGUAAAGAAGCUCUUGUCCGUGACGAUAAAUUUACUUCAGAACACCCAUUCAUAAUAGAAAAUGUAUGUGUGA